AUGUCCCUGAAAAGGUACUACAUUCGACUCUGUGUCAACAAUGUCAAGAUGCAUUUGACAUAUACCUGUGAUUCCCUGUGUGUGGGUGUGUGCAACAAAGUAGGUCACAAGGCUAAAGCAUGUCCCAAAAAAGUUCCUUUCGAGUGCCAUAGAUGCGAGAAGAAAGGUCAUAUUGCCAGAAAUUGCACGGAAAUAGUUACGGACACAAGACCUGGCACAUCAAGCAAUAAGCAAGACAACUGCUGCAAUGAAGAAGAUGAAAAAGUCAUAGCCGGCAUGCUAUUUCGGCAAACUUCAGGCGAAAAAUUCAUACAAAAAAUGUGGAAAAACAUCGUUGAAAACACUAAUCCAUGGUCAAGCCUUAACGAAAGUGAUAAUGAGGAUAGUGACACGUUGACACGUUGCAGAGAUGAUGCUGUGAGCAAUGAAGAUGAAGCGGCAGAUGACGCAGAACGAAGUAGCAGCAACCCACGAAAGGAUAGCGGGAAUGUUCAAACAAGGAUCACAACGUUUAUCACAUCAGAAAAACCAUCACAGAAUAACCUGCGAGCUGCGAAAGACAGUGAACGCAAUAAAGUUGAUGAAGUUGACUUAACUUUAUCACGAAUUCCAGAGGAAUGCAAGGUAGCUGAUCUUACAGCAUUUAGUACAUCCUUCAUUGUGGAUGGUAAUACUGCAACGGACCUGCGCGCCUACACCAGUUUUAUUGACGGCAUAAACGAAAACGUUAUGUUUGGUGUCGCUUUGUGGGUGGACGACAACGAAACACACUAUGGAGACUCUGAGUUAAUAAAUCUAAAGCCCAAUAUAGACAAGUCUAUAUUUACAUCCGGUACGAGCUAUAUACCAUGCGUAUCAACACCCAAUAUUGGUCCUAUUGCAAAAAAUUGUCAACUCACAUUCACAUCUAGUGUUGCUGUACGCAGAGUCGGUGUGAAAUACACGUGGACAGAAUUCAAUGGCGACAAAGCUUCAACCUCAAUGGUGUUUCUAGCAAAAAAAGCCAGAGUUAUUGCAGAAAACAGAAGUGUUACAACCAGUGUCGGUGAAACUGUUGAACUGGUAAUGACUUUAGAUGACGUUGAAGCUAGCAGUUUACGAUGGAAAAAAGAUGGGGGAUCCGAUACCAUGGAGUGGGAAGGGUUAAACAACUUGACUCUUGUAAAUGUUCGGAAAAAAGACGCUGGUAUCUACGAAUGCUACCCAAAAGGGCAACGGCACUUGGGUAAACACGGUAUACUACGAGUAAUUGUUAGAGAGUGUCCUCGUGGGAAGUGGCAGCCUCCCGAUUGUGAAAGCGACUGCCCCGUAUGUUACAAUGGGGGCGUGUGUUCUGUUCAGUUUGGAUCUUGCAUCUGUCCUCCGGGCUUCAAUGGAGAAAACUGUGAAGAAGCUUGUGGUGAUAAUCACUGGGGGCGCAAUUGUACUGUAUUUUGCAGCAAAAAUAAAAUUAAACAGUGUAAAGGAAAGCUUUUUUGUCCACCCGACCCUUUCGGUUGCUCUUGUAUGUCUGGUUAUGCAGACCUUGAUUGUAUGACAGAGUGUGACACUGAAACAACAGCCAAGUAUGGACCCGGAUGCCUUCUUGAUUGUCACUGUGACGCUACUGAAUGUCAGCCUUCAGAGGGUUGCAACGAAGGCGCCACUUGUCAUACUGGUUACACUGGUACCCGUUGUCUAGAGAGAGAUCCAAAUUCUGAGUGUCCCAACGGUUUUUAUGGGCCACAGUGCACCAAAAAAUGUCAUUGCCAAAGCUCGUCGGAAUGUGAUCGGAAUAAUGGAAGUUGUCCGGAUGGUGAUGCUUGUGAAAGUGGAUGGGCCGGGCUUGGUUGCCAACAAGCACUUCCAGCACUGUAUGAUGCACCCUCUAUUGAAAGUAGUGUUUCGAGCAUCCUUGUAGUUUGGACAGCGUGGGACAGAAAUCAUGAUUUUGGUAACAGAGAUGCCAACAGUUACGUUUUGAAAUACUGGAAGGCGGCAUCAGCGGAUGAAGUAAAAACUAUCGAAAACAUAACGGAAACUUGGAUAGAAAUCAACAUUUUGUCGAUAGACUACAACCAACCUUAUAGUGUCACUGUGUCCGUAAAUGCCGAUAUUGACGGCGUGGCAACACAAGGAAUUGCCAGUCCAGUUACGGUAUUCGGUCCCAUUGAAACUCCUUCUUUUUUAUAUAACCCGUGUUAUUACAGUCGCCUUGCAAACUUCUCCACUAUUUUAACGUGUGAUACUUGGAGUUACGAUGCACACGUUGGUAUAGGAAUUGUACAAGGAUACAAUAUACAAUAUUGGAACGUGAAUACACCAAGUAUUGUGUACUCAGUCAGUGUAGACGAACCUCUUCAGUCGCAAAGUUAUACGGUCCUACUACCUGCAGUACGUACGUACUACUCGUUCGAAGUAAUUGUUAUGGUGAACUAUGAACACAAAGGUGCAAAUAUGAAUGGGACACCAAGCUCCUCACUUGGCAUUCCAAAAGAAAAGGUACCUGAUAUUACAGCAUACAGUCAAACGCCUAUUUUGAGCGGUAACACUGAAACUGAACUGCGAGCCUAUACCGGCCUAGCAGACGGUGAAAACAAAAAUGUAAUGUUUGGUAUUGGUUUAUGGGUGAACGACAACGGGACGCAUUAUGAGGAAAAAGAAUUAAUAAAUCUUGAGAACAGUAUAUCCAAUUCAAUAUUUACUACUGGUACAAUUUAUGAAGAAUGUCAUGAACACCCUAAUGCAAUUAAGUGCACUCUCCGAUUUCCCCCUUUUGUUGGUGUACGCCGAGUCGGUGUAAAGUACAUGCGGACAGAAUUUAACGGUUACAAUGCUUCAACGUCCAUGGUGUUUCUAGCAAAUGAUAAGUGCCCCCGUGGAAAGUGGCUACCCCCAGAUUGUGAAGACAUCUGCCCUGUAUGUUAUAAUGGAGGAGUGUGUUCUGUUGAAUUUGGAACUUGCAUCUGUCCUCCAGGCUUCGAAGGAGAUAACUGUGAAAAGGUGUGUGGUUUUAAUUACUGGGGUCGCGAUUGCACUCUAAGAUGCAGCUCAGAAAACCCAGGUUGUCCAGGAAUGUUGUUUUGUCCUCCUGACCCUCUCGGUUGCUUGUGUAUGUCUGGAUAUGGAGACCUUGAUUGCAGGAGAGAUUGUGAUACUAGAACAACGGGAAAAUAUGGACCCGGAUGCCUUCUUGAUUGUCACUGUGAUGCUACCGAGUGUCAGCGAACAGAAGGCUGCAACCAAGCCGCUAAUUGUCAUGCUGGUUACACUGGCACCCGUUGUCUAGAGAGAGAUCAGAAUGUUGAGUGUCCUGAUGGUGUUUAUGAUCCACAAUGCACUAAAGUAUGUCAUUGUAGAAACUCGUCGAAAUGUGAUCGGAAUACCGGAAGUUGCCCUGCUGGUGAUGUGUGUGAAGAUGGAUGGGCUGGGGUAGGAUGCCAACAAGCUCUUCCGGCUCUUAGCGAUGCUCCAUUGGUCGGAAUGUUUGCAAAUGAUGUCAAACUAAGGUGGUCAAUCUGGAGUUUGGACAAUGACUAUGGUCGUGGUACCGUCGACAGUUACCAAUUGGAAUUCUGGCCAACUAAUGAUACCAGCGAGUUAGUUGUUCUAAGUAUUAAAAUGGGAAUUGAAGUAAACAUACCGUGGGCACAAAUGAACUAUUACUGGGAAUAUACUUUCAGAGUAAAAGUCGUUACUGAAGUUGAAGGUUUGUUAGUUGUUGGGAAACCUAGUCCACCUGCUGUCUAUUCAAUAUAUCCGCCCUCUCUACGAAAUCAGCCAUUUUUCACUUCACGCAGUUCACUUGGUAUUAACAUCACCUGGACUGAGUGGACAUUCAAUCUUGAUUACGGCAUAGGAUUUGUAACUGGUUACGUUGUGGAAUGGUGGGAUGCAGUGGCAGCCUGGAAUAUCAGCAACGUCACAUUUUAUGGAGAGUCUUCUGAAGGGAUACUCAUUCCCAAUAUUCCAUAUGAUUCAAACGUUGUUGUACAAAUAAGAACGCUGUAUAAUAACAGCAAAAGUGAAGGCGUUGGUCUGCCUAGUCCAAUGCUGGUUGUAUUUAAGGAAAGCUGUCCGUAUGGAUGGAACCAAUUCGAAGAAGCAUGUUAUUUGUUUGGUGACAGUGUUGUCAACUGGAAUAAUGCAAACUCAUCGUGUCAACAAGCAAACGCAAAUUUGGUAUCAAUUACAACGCAGAAUGAAAACGACUUUUUGACGUCACUUCCAUACAACAUACCUCACGGACAUUUCUGGAUCGGGUUGAAGUUUGUAGCUCUGAACUGGAACUGGACAUCGGGGGAGACGUUUGCUUUUUAUAACUGGCAGGAGGAAGUUAUACUAAACACAGGAAAGUGUGCACAAUUGGAUUCUGUGACCGGCUUCUGGUCUAAUGUCCCUUGUGAAACAACCAAUAGAGUCAUCUGUGAGAAAGAUAUUCAGAAAUUUGGCUGCUUUAAUGGGAGUUGGCAUGGGUAUAAGAAGGAAUGUUACCGUCAUUUUAGUAAUCUAUCGUCGCGGGAAACAGCUUUAUCCUCCUGCCGAGAGUUGCGAAAUGCCGACUUGGCUAGCAUCCAUUCAAUCGAUGAAGAUGAGUUUAUUCAGACUAUCAUUCGGUCCUACGACAAAAAUUCGUGGAUUGGCCUUAUUUCGUCUGACAAAGAGAAGUGGAGCGAUGGCACAGAUUUUAACUACGGUGAGGUCAUCGACACUGGUGCAGAAGGUCGGUGUGUCGUUUACAGUCUGGAAAAACACAUUUUCUCUUGGAAAAUGCAGUUGUGCGCAUCUGAACAUGCGUACGUGUGUAAGGAUAUGAGAGCUAUCGAAGCAACUGAAUAGUCUUUUUUGGUUCUACGGACACCAACCUAUGUUAUAUUGUAUGACGGGUCAAUAAUUAGUCUGGCCCUAUAGGAAGAAAACCAUGGUACGAUUUACGGUACAUAUUUCAACAUUUGACACAAUUUGGUAUCAUCUUUUGGAAGUGCAUAGCAGAAGAAAGCAUGGCAUAUUUUUUUAAGAACGCAUGAACUAGAUAUUGAUGAAUGAAAUUUGACAAAGAACCUGCAUAAAAUAGACAUGUGAUUAAAGUUUGACCACUUAACAUACAUCAACUUCUCUGGUGUAUCGCAUGUAAAAGAAAAUAUUGACGACUUGAAUGUGAAUUCAAUGUAUUAUACUUGCGACAUACCGUAAUCUUUUAAUAUGGUAGGGCUGCAAGCAUUUAUCAUAUGUGACCCAAGCUCACAAACGAGUUGUAAACUCGUCCUCAGGCCAAAAUGAGUUUUUGUUAUAAU